GGAAGCGGAAGCGCCGAGUCUCCAUGGCGGCGGCGGCGGCGGCGGCAGCGGGGCCGGUGCUCUGGAGGCGGCUGCUGGGCCUGCUGCCUGGCCGCCCCGGCCUGGCCGCGCUCCUGGGGCGCCUGUCCGACCGCCUGGGCAGGAACCGGGACCGCCGGCGCAGGAGGUCGCCAUGGCUGCUGUUGGCUCCUCUGCUGUCCCCGGCUGUCCCCCAGGUCACCUCCCCUCCUUGCUGCCUGUGUCCAGAGGGCGUGCACAGGUUCCAGUGGAUCCGGAACCUGGUCCCAGAGUUCGGGGUCUCCAGUUCCCACGUCAGGGUGCUUGCUUCCCCGGCAGAGUUUUUUGAGCUUAUGAAGGGCCAGAUCAAAGUGGCCAAGAGACGGGUGGUGAUGGCAUCUCUCUAUCUGGGGACAGGUCCUUUGGAACAGGAACUGGUAGAUUGUCUGGAAAACACUCUGGAAAAGUCACUCCAAGCCAAGUUCCCUUCAGACCUCAAGGUGUCCAUCCUCUUGGACUUCACACGGGGCUCAAGAGGUAGGAAGAACUCCCGCACAAUGCUGCUCCCGCUGUUACAGAGGUUUCCAGAACAGGUCCGCGUCUCUCUCUUCCACACUCCUAACCUCCGUGGUCUCCUCCGGCUCCUGAUCCCUGAGCGCUUCAAUGAGACCAUUGGCCUGCAGCACAUUAAAGUGUACCUCUUUGACAACAAUAUCAUCUUGAGUGGUGCGAACCUGAGCGACUCCUACUUCACCAACCGCCAGGACCGCUACGUGUUCUUGCAGGACUGUCCCGAGAUUGCAGACUUCUUCACGGAGCUGGUGGACGCAGUGGGGGAUGUAUCCCUGCAGUUGCAGGGGGAUGACACAGUGCAGGUGGUGGAGGGGAUGGUGCAUCCUUACAAAGGUGACCGGGCCGCGUACUGCAGGGCGGCCAACAAGAGGGUUAUGGAUGUGAUAAACUCAGCUCGGGCCCGCCAGCAAGUGUUGCACGCCCAGACCUUCCAUGGCGACUCCCUUUUGACUCAGGAGGACGCGGCAGCUGCUGGGGACCGGAGACCAGCCCCCGAUACCUGGAUUUACCCGUUGAUCCAGAUGAAGCCCUUUGAGAUCCAGAUUGACGAGAUUGUCACUGAGACCCUGCUGACAGAGGCUGAGCGGGGCGCCAAGAUCUACCUCACCACUGGCUACUUCAAUCUGACCCAGGCCUACAUGGACCUGGUCUUGGGCACGCGGGCUGAGUACCAGAUCCUGCUGGCCUCCCCAGAGGUGAACGGCUUCUUCGGGGCCAAGGGGGUGGCGGGGGCCAUCCCAGCCGCCUAUGUGCACAUUGAGCGGCAGUUCUACAGGGAGGUGUGCAGCCUGGGCCAGCAGGAGCGGGUCCAGCUGCAGGAGUACUGGCGGAGGGGCUGGACAUUCCAUGCCAAAGAACUUCAUGCCGAUGACCUGGGUGGCUGUUUCAGGAAGCACGUGGAACUUCUGCGGGUGGGAGGAGGUGCGUGCGGUCACCUUCCCUGGUCAUCAGUUUCUCCCACAUUGGCUGUGACCUUCUCAGGGACAGAGGGCCUCUGGCUGUACCUGGCAGGGAGCAGCCUGCCCUGUCUCACGUUGAUUGGCUCUCCUAAUUUUGGGUACAGGUCAGUUCACCGGGACCUGGAGGCCCAGAUCGCCAUAGUGACGGAGAGCCGGGCCCUGCAGCAGCAACUUCACCAGGAGCAGGAGCAGCUCUACCUACGCUCAGGUGUGGUGUCCUCCUCCACCUUCGAGCAGCCGAGUCGGCAGGUGAAGUUGUGGGUGAAGAUGGUGACUCCGCUGAUUAAGAACUUCUUCUGAGGAUGAACAGCAGGGCAUCUUCAGAGCACAUAGCAUGCUGCCCCACCGCCCUCUGUCUCCAGAAGCAGAUUUCAAAACCUUCCCGCCAAUCUCUACAUCUCCAGGUGCUGAACCUUGCACAGAGAAAGAUCUUCCUGAGAGAAGGCCUUUGGCCCCAGGGUAUGGCUGGCCCAUCCUUUGUCGGGAGAGAGAUUGCUUUCCGCCCUGGCAGGCACAUUCCCGGAAGCCACUUCACGUGGCUCCAUCCUGAGGUUCUGUGGCUGCUGGUCCCCUUCAGGGCUCUGGAAGGUGUGGCUGGCCUGUCUGCACAGCCUGGCUGUGUGCAUGGGGCCCUCCAGCAUCUCCAGCCCCCCGCCAGGGCCAGCAGAUCUGCAGGCUUCAGUGGAUGGGAAUUGGGUGGAGCGGUGGCCCUGUCUACACUGCUCUGGGGCAGCAGCACAUCAGUUAACGCUGUUUGCCUUCAAACCAGUUAUUAAAUUGUCCUGUGGGACAAUUAGGCUAGAGAAGCCAGAAGAAUGUGCCAGGGCACCGGGUUUCUGUUUGGAGAGAGGCUUUCGGUAAACAGCGUUGACAUUCUUGUAGACUCUGUGGGACCAGAGUCAACAUUGUGCCAUAGCCCAGCUUGAGCAAUCGAGGCCUGUGCCCUCCAAGCUCAGCUGCUCCCUUUGUCUCUGCUAACCACCUCCAGCCGUCCUGGGCCCUCCCCACACACGCUCUCCCCCAACCCCGGCGGCCACCCAGGAGGCAGGGGCUCCACCCCCCACAGCACCCUGGGGCCCCCGUCACUGGAUUGCAACCCAAAGGUGAAUCACCUCUUGGAAAGUUGGGAGGUGCAGAAGAAAUUG